AUGCUUUCAGCAGAGGGCGCCCUCUGGCCCGGCUGCCGGCGGGGUGACGCGAUGGGCAACGAAGGGAUAGCAUACACGAGGGUCAUUGUAUGUCUAAGCAUGUCAACCCGCAACUCCAAAGGGAGCUCUACCUUUGUAGGGAGGAAGACAAAGGCUCGGCCGGGGCGACGCUGCCCAGAAAACGCCUACCUAAGGGGCUCGAUCACGGGCGAAAUGGAAGUUUUCCUGUUUCUCUUUUCGUUGCUUUGGGCCGUGGGUCAGACCAUGGCUAAGGAGGGCUCUGGCCACUCCGCGGAUGUCCCUCCCCGGGUACCCGGCGUGGAAGGCGUGCGGCCUGCAGAUGCGAUAGAAGAGGUCAAGCCGGAGAUCAAGGCCAGCAGCGAUGUGCAGCAGCCGCAGGGCGACGAUGCCGUGAGCCUGAACACAUGGACGGCCACACCAAAGGGCAGGUUCCCAUGGGUCGUCAGCAUCUUGGAUGCCCACCGGGGGCACACAUGCCUUGGGACAUUGAUCCACCCAGAAUAUGUGCUGUCUGCUGCACAUUGUACUACAGCAGUUGGGGCGAACCCAAUAAUGCUGCUUGGGUUGUCGGGGGAAGGAACCAGGGUGGUCAGAGCCAAGGAUGCCAUAAUCCACCCUUACUGGAAAGGAAAUGAGGGGGAUUUCCAGAUGGCAUACGAUUUGGUUCUGUUUCACUUGCAAGAGUCUGUGGAUUUGGAAUCGCCAGUUCUCGCUGCACACUCCUCCACUUACAAGCAGGUUCAUGGCAGCAAGAAUUUUCUUGGCUUCUGGCUGGGCCAAUCUUUGGAGAUGGCCUUAUUCACGACUGUUGAGAAUGGUCGUUGCCCCAAUUUGACGGUGCCAGCGCCUUGUUUCUGCAUCUACUCACACGAGGCCCUCAUGGUGCCUGGAUCUUCUGGUGGACCUGUGCUGGAACCUGGCAGAUCUGUUUUUGAUAUUGGCACAGCCAGUGCUGAUGGGAAAUUCCCGAUGCUGGAUUUGCUUGUGGGCGUUGUCUCCUGCAACAACAGAAGCGUUGUGGACAGCAUCAGUGGUGUGGGAGUGGCCCUCCUGAAGACGAGCCGAUCCUGGAUUGACAGCGUGAUUAAAGGCCCCAAGGCCACCAGUCCUGCGACCGUGUGGCUCCUUGCCGCCUUCUGCAUGGGCAUUGUCUUCGCAUGUGUGUUCUUCGCUGCCCGUCAUCAAUAUCGGGAGACCAGGCCGCCAGUCGUUUCGACGGGGCGUCAGCAUGAAGACUGA